GGCCUCUGUUGCCUUUGCAUGGUCAAAGAUUAUCAGUUUGAGGCUAUGAAUCUCUCCGACAACGAUCAGGCCCGGCAAAUGUUCAGGGUGUUUCAUCGUAGCCCACUGGUUGAGAAGUUCGUAUCGAGUGCCGGAUUGGGCGAUACAAAAUUCGUGGGGGCCUGGACGAGGGCGUUCAUCCACUUCGAGUCGACCAAGCCCGAGGACGCAUCGAGGAGAGUCAUUCAUCAUUCAUCAAUGUGCGAGGUCCGAUAUCUUCGGAGCUACGUGAUCAGUUGUCAACUUCGCUUGUCUGGAGUUUUUCGCAAACGAAAGAAAGAAGAUUCGGAGUCUCGAGCCGGGAACACUUUACUAACAACGCAGCAUCGAAAUGAUCGGAUGUAUUGCAUGAGCGAGGUUCAUGUGCCGGGCAUCGCCUCGGAACAACCAGCGCACCUAUGGUCCUACGUACUGGCGGUUUCCGACGACACAGAUCAAUCAUGAUGACCGAACCGGCCGACGACGGCCAUGAGCUGAAAAGAACACAGGCCCUACUUGGAACCUGCAUGUUCCUCCAGAAUUCAUGUAAGAUGGGUAUCCAGGUCGGCGUCCACUUGCAAGCCGAGCCCUGUGCAGGACGUCUGGCGGCUGAUUGGGAUCACGGAGGGUCGGGGGCACCAGUACUUGGGUUUGGCAGAGCCAGUAGCUCGUUUGUGUUGGUUUGCCAACUACAAGUCUCUGCGUCUGCACAAUGGCCUGUCAGAAACAUUGAACCGACACGUCCGCCUAUUUCGCCUCUUACACGCUACUCGUACAGAAGCACGGGUAACGAGUAAGAGUGACGACGUUGUGGAUUGCGUACAGGGUACGUUCCGGGAUUCUUCGUUCAUAACAAAAGCUGCUGCAUGCAAAUCUCGGCUCGCACCAGACUACAGCAAAACUCGAAUCGAAAGC